UUCACAAAUGCAAACAACAUGUCAUUGCCAUCAUCACCAUCCUCCAAACUCUCUCUUCUCUUCUUCUUCUUCCUUUCACUUUCCUCUUCUUUUGCUACUUCUGAUCCCUCUCAUGACCCUGCCCACCAGCCACAAUCACAUGCAGAAAAGCUCAUAAGAAGCCAUGAUGACGAUGAUGGUUUUGUCCCUGGUAUGAUCGUGGAGAAGAAGUUCUCGUUUCUUGGUGAUUCUGGGCCUUCUGUUGAAGACCUUGGUCACCAUGCAGGCUAUUAUUCACUUCCUCAUUCCAAAGCUGCAAGGAUGUUCUUCUUUUUCUUUGAAUCACGGAAAAGUACGGAUGAUCCUGUUGUGAUAUGGUUGACUGGAGGACCAGGGUGUGGAAGUGAAUUAGCUUUGUUCUACGAAAACGGUCCUUUUCAUAUCACCAAUAACUUGUCUCUUACAUGGAAUGAUUACGGUUGGGAUCAGGCAUCAAAUAUUAUAUUUGUUGACCAACCAACUGGGACAGGUUUCAGUUACUCUUCUGACGACAGUGACAUUCGACACGAUGAAGCCGGCGUUAGCAAUGAUUUAUACGAUUUCUUGCAGGAGUUUUUCAAGACGCAUCCUGAUUUCGUUAAGAAUGACUUCUACAUCUUUGGUGAAUCAUAUGGUGGACACUAUGUUCCUGCACUUGCAUCCCGGGUUAACCAGGGAAAUAAACAAAAUCAAACACUUCAUAUAAACCUCAAGGGUUUUGCUAUCGGUAACGGGUUAACCGAUCCUGCAAUUCAAUACCAAGCAUACCCAGAUUUUGCAUUUGACAACAGAAUAAUUACACAGGCUGAGUACGACAACGUCAGCAUGUUAAUCCCAGACUGUGAACAAGCCACUAAAACUUGCGAAACUCAGGGUGGAAACAAUUGCACCGAUGCGUUAUAUAGUUGUUAUAAGAUUUUCCAGCGUAUCUUAAACUUUACCGACAACAUUAAUUACUACGACAUCAGAAAGAAGUGUGAGGGGCCUAUGUGCUACAACUUCACAAACGUGGAGAGAUUGCUAAACAUGCAGAAAGUGAAGAGUGCUUUAGGUGUGAGCGAUGACUUGGGGUAUGCCUUAUGCAGUUUAGAUGUUCGAUUUGCGAUGAUGGAAGACUGGAUGAAAAACCUGGAAGUGGGGAUUCCUGAUCUUCUUGAAGAAGGAAUGAAGGUGCUGGUGUAUGCUGGAGAAGAAGAUCUCAUAUGCAAUUGGCUUGGGAAUUCAAGGUGGGUAGAAGCCAUGCAGUGGUCAGGCCAAAAAGCCUUUCAAAUAUCUCCAACAGGGAAAUUUGUGGUUGAUGGUGCAGAAGCAGGUUCUCUUAAUAGCUAUGGACCUCUCACUUUUCUCAAGGUGCAUGGCGCAGGGCACAUGGUUCCAAUGGAUCAACCAAAAGCUGCACUUCAGAUGAUGACAAGCUGGAUGGGAGGAAAACUGAAUGCCUCCUCUCUUCAAAGUUUUUCUCACCGGCUAAAACCAAGACCGUUGAUUGUGUUCUUCAUUCUCUUUCUUUAUCAUAUAAUCACCGAUCAAAGCCUCAGAUCUUGACCCUGU